AUGUAUACCACUUUGAUGAAAAUAUCUCGAUACAUCUCAGUUUUCGGUUUUGCUUCUACAGUCUUAUUCAAUACUUUAUUGAUCAUCUUAACUGGUUGGUAUUUGAAAAUCAAGCUUGGAGCGUAUAAACAUCUCAUUAUUAUAUUUUCAAUAAUUGGCAUGGUUUUUGAUAGUUUGGAUUUCAUAUUUCACCCGGUUUGUUAAUUUUGUUUAGUGGUAUUUAUGAAUUUUUUCAGACACUUCUGUCAGUUAAUUCGGGAUUCAUUGCUUUUGUGAACAUGGAAACCAAAUUAUUGAGUAAAGAAACCUUGACAGUUCUCAUAAGUAUCUAUGGAGCAUCAUUUUAUAUCUCCACAUCUUUUCUCGCAGUCAUGUUUAUCCAUAGAUAUUUUUCUGUCGUCAAACCUGCGCAGCUUUAUCAUUUCCAACGAAAACGAAUAAUUUUAUGGGUGUCCUACACAGUCUUCAAUGGUUCUAUUUUUUUCUUCACUUGCAAUUUUCUAUGCCGAAUUGACGAGUUUUCAAAGAAUUAUUUUUCCGAACAAGUUUUCCAAGCUUUUCAUGAACAUAUUGAUGAAAUUCCGGGAGUCACAGUGAUUGUUGUUGAUAAUUUUGGAAUUCGAUGGAAAAAUGUUGUGUUUCUAAUUAUUUGCCAAUUAACUCUUAUAUUUCAAAAUAUUAUCAUAAUUUAUUGUGGACGAAAAAUUCGAAGAAAGCUCUACUCAAAAGAUUCGACAUAUUCCACAGGUCUUCGGAAUCUCCACAAACAAUUUUUCAAAACUUUGGUGUUUCAAGUUGUGACUCCAACAAUUCUUCUAUUCGUCCCAACACUUAUUUUAUUUUAUCUCCCCUUUUUCGGAAUUCAAAUGAAUUUUCCAAUAGGUGUCACAUUUUGUCUUUUCACAUUAUACCCAGCUAUUGAUUCAUGUAUUGUGAUGUAUGUUAUUACUGAAUAUCGAAAGGCUCUGAGAGGUUUGGAAAUUUUUUUAGGACUUUUAAAAAAUUUUGGUUUCAGAAUUUCUCCGCGAUAUUUAUGGGCGUCGAAAGGAAACAAAUUUGGAUCAACGAAAUGAAAUCAGAUUGAAGAGCAUGGUUUAA